GGAGACAGCAGCCAGCCGCAGUCGCCGCCGCAGCCGCGGGAGCAAUGCAGACAGCAUCUUGAGGACGCGCUAAAGCACCCCAAACGGUGGACAAUGCCGUGUCACUGCAACUGGGAGGGGGGCAAAGCAGAUUUUUUUUGACAUAAAAGCCAGCCAGCCAAAAAUAUAUACAUUUGUCCUUCACGGAGCCGGUGUGUAAAGAGUGAGCCCUGUUUUCCUUCGCCUCCUCCUCUCCCUCCUCCUCUCCUUUCCUCCUCUUCUCCCUCCCCCUCCUCCUCCUCUUUUUCCUCCUCCUCCUCCCCCUCCUCCUUCUCCUCCUCCUCCCUAAGUGUACAGACAGCAUCACAUCACCUGGUUUGCUUCUGAGAAACAGCAUCUCUCCUUUUCAGGGACCAGAGACUCAGAGAGAGGAGACAUUCUAAUGGAGUCUGCUUGAUACCCCAAAAUAAAAUAAUAAAUUUUGGCUCUUGUCCCCUCCUCCCACCCCACCCCCUCAACCCUGUGUGAGAUGUUGGGUUUCUUCAUGAGACAUUGUUGAGAAGUCGCAGUGGUUGGAGAGCGUAGGGGGUAGACUACCUUUACUCCCCCCCCUUUUUUCUCUCUGGGAGGAGGAGGAGGGGAAGGGGGCUUGCCGAGCGAGCGAUGGAUGAGGAAAACAUGACGAAAAGCGAGGAGCAGCAGCCUCUGAGUUUGCAAAAAGCCUUACAGCAGUGCGAGUUGGUCCAAAACAUGAUAGACCUGAGCAUCUCCAACCUGGAAGGGCUUAGGACCAAAUGUGCCACCUCCAACGACCUCACACAAAAAGAGAUCCGGACCUUGGAGAGCAAGCUGGUGAAGUACUUCAGCCGUCAGCUGUCCUGCAAAAAGAAGGUGGCCCUUCAGGAGCGCAACGCCGAGCUGGACGGCUUCCCCCAGCUCCGGCACUGGUUCCGGAUCGUCGAUGUGCGCAAGGAAGUCCUGGAGGAAAUCACCCCCGGCCAGCUGAGUCUGGAGGACCUCUUGGAGAUGACAGAUGAGCAGGUGUGUGAGACCGUGGAGAAAUACGGAGCCAACCGGGAGGAGUGCGCCCGUCUCAAUGCCUCCCUGUCCUGUCUCCGGAACGUCCACAUGUCAGGAGGCAACCUUUCCAAACAGGACUGGACCAUCCAGUGGCCCACCACAGAGACGGGGAAGGAGAACAACCCUGUGUGCCCCCCGGAGCCCACCCCGUGGAUCCGUACCCACCUCUCCCAGAGCCCCAGGGUCCAGACCAAGUGUGUCCAGCAUUACUGUCACGCCAGCCCCUCUCCCGGGGCCCCCGUGUACACCCACGUGGACAGGCUCACCGUGGAUGCCUACCCUGGUCUGUGCCCGCCACCGCCACUGGAGUCAGGCCACCGUUCCCUGCCCCCGUCGCCCCGGCAGCGGCACGCCGUCCGUACCCCGCCGCGCACCCCCAACAUCGUCACCACCGUGACCCCACCUGGCACACCACCCAUGAGGAGGAAGAACAAGCUGAAGCCUCCGGGGACCCCACCACCCUCCUCCCGGAAGCUGAUCCACUUGAUUCCAGGUUUCACGGCCCUGCAUCGAAGCAAGUCCCACGAAUUCCAGCUGGGUCACCGCGUGGAUGAGGCCCACACGCCCAAAGCCAAGAAGAAAAGCAAACCCUUGAACCUCAAGAUUCACAGCAGCGUGGGCAGCUGCGAGAACAUUCCUUCUCAGCAGCGCUCCCCCCUCCUGUCGGAGCGCUCCCUCCGCUCCUUCUUUGUGGGACAAGCACCUUUCCUGCCCUCCACCCCUCCUGUCCACACCGAGGCCAACUUCUCUGCAAACACGUUGUCCGUGCCGCGCUGGUCCCCGCAGAUCCCUCGCAGAGACCUCGGCAACUCCAUCAAGCACAGGUUUUCCACCAAGUACUGGAUGUCUCAGACCUGCACAGUCUGUGGGAAAGGAAUGCUUUUUGGCCUCAAGUGUAAAAAUUGCAAGUUAAAGUGCCACAACAAAUGCACCAAAGAAGCCCCUCCCUGUCAUCUCCUGAUCAUCCACCGAGGAGAUCCAGCAAGGUUAGUCCGGACAGAGUCCGUCCCGUGUGACAUCAACAACCCUCUAAGAAAGCCACCCCGGUAUUCGGACCUGCACGUCAGCCAGACGCUCCCCAAAACCAACAAAAUCAGCAAGGACCACAUCCCUGUCCCUUACCAGCCAGACUCCAGCAGCAAUCCCUCCUCCACAACGUCCUCCACGCCCUCCUCGCCAGCACCCCCCCUCCCUCCCAGCGCCACGCCGCCUUCUCCCCUGCACCCUUCCCCGCAGUGCACGAGGCAGCAGAAGAACUUCAACCUGCCAGCAUCCCACUACUACAAAUACAAGCAGCAGUUCAUCUUCCCAGAUGUGGUGCCGGUGCCGGAGACACCGACCCGGGCGCCCCAGGUCAUCCUGCAUCCAGUGACCUCGAAUCCAAUCUUGGAAGGAAAUCCAUUACUUCAAAUUGAAGUGGAGCCAACGUCAGAGAAUGAAGAGGGCCACGAUGAGGCCGAGGAGUCGGAGGACGACUUCGAGGAGAUGAACCUGUCCCUGCUCUCAGCCCGGAGCUUCCCGCGCAAGGCCAGCCAGACCAGCAUCUUCCUGCAGGAGUGGGACAUCCCUUUCGAGCAGCUGGAGAUUGGCGAGCUCAUCGGCAAGGGCCGCUUUGGGCAGGUGUAUCAUGGCCGCUGGCAUGGCGAGGUGGCCAUCCGGCUGAUCGACAUCGAGAGGGAUAACGAGGAACAGCUGAAGGCCUUCAAGCGGGAGGUGAUGGCCUACAGGCAGACGCGGCAUGAGAACGUGGUGCUCUUCAUGGGUGCCUGCAUGAGCCCACCCCACCUGGCCAUCAUCACCAGCCUGUGUAAGGGACGGACGCUCUAUUCUGUGGUGAGGGACGCCAAAAUCGUCUUGGAUGUCAACAAAACGAGGCAGAUUGCCCAAGAAAUUGUGAAGGGCAUGGGGUACCUCCACGCAAGGGGGAUCCUGCACAAGGACCUCAAGUCAAAGAAUGUCUUCUAUGACAAUGGCAAAGUGGUGAUCACAGACUUCGGGCUCUUCAGCAUUUCUGGAGUGCUGCAGGCUGGCAGGCGGGAGGACAAGCUACGCAUUCAGAAUGGCUGGCUCUGCCACCUGGCCCCAGAGAUCAUCCGCCAGCUGUCUCCUGACACAGAAGAGGACAAGCUCCCCUUCUCCAAGCACUCUGACGUCUUUGCACUCGGCACAAUUUGGUAUGAACUCCACGCCAGGGAGUGGCCUUUCAAGACACAACCCGCAGAGGCAAUAAUCUGGCAAAUGGGCACAGGCAUGAAACCCAACCUCAGCCAGAUCGGCAUGGGAAAAGAAAUCUCGGACAUUCUUCUCUUUUGCUGGGCCUUUGAACAAGAAGAAAGACCUACCUUCACUAAACUCAUGGACAUGCUGGAGAAACUGCCAAAGCGAAACCGCCGUCUGUCUCACCCCGGACAUUUCUGGAAGUCUGCAGAGCUGUGACCAUUGGACAAAGGGACAGCACUCAGCUGCCUCAGCCCCCGAGCCACCUCUCCUUCCCUGCUCUGCCCUCUGCCAGCUCAGGAGGCCAGAGGCUCACCAUCAGAGGGUACCGAACCCGGCCGGCCUGGGAGCACUGCACGACCGAGCUCGGCAGCUUCCCCACACCCCAGACCUGUGCCCUUUUGCCCAGGCUGGGUUGGGGACCCCUGAGCUAGGACUUACUGGGACCAGCCAGGGAGACGCGGGAUUGAUUCUUGAGGCCCAGGGGCCGUGUCGAGAAGAGAACUGGAGGCUGAACGUGGAGCCCCCGGGCCACGGGGAGGAGGGCAGAAGGCCCACAUGGGCAGGCUCGCAGGACCGGUCUGUGCGUACAUGUGUGUCUUUGUGCGCGACGCUGUUUGCUCUCGAUCCCCCUGACAAGCAAGAGCCCCCGGCUGCCCCAGCACUGGAGCACCCCACGGCUGACUCGGUUCCUGGGUGGUGGGCUCCAGAUGCGCCCUCUGGAAAGAUGGGGUCGGGUGGGGAGCUGAGCACCAACUUCGUGGAGGCCACGAGGCCAAGACCUGGGCUGGGGAGCUCAGCUGGUCGUUUGUAAACAUCUGUUCUCGGAGGCUCCCACCCAAGCCUGUCAUGAUCUGUGGCUCUGUUGCGCAUAGCUCCGAAAUGCAUAAAGCAGUCUUGCAUGUCCUUGAGUCCUGGGUCUCUCUGGGGCGUGGUUCCCCAUUUCUGCCACCUUCUCCUGUUCUGUGAGAGCGCCGUCCCUUUUUGCCUCACUGCCCCGCGUGCUCCCCUGCCGUUUGAAAAGCACAGUGGCUUCCUGGCCAAGAUGACUUCUGAGGGCUCCUUGAAGCUCGCCUUCUUCCUUGACACCCCCUGAAGUCUGGGCCCUGAGAACUGGGGGGCUGGGAUGAAGUUCUAGGACCUUCCUUCUCUCUCCUCCUGCUCUGGCAUUGACACCAGCUAAGUUUGCCCACCACGCGGCAGACGCCGUCCCUGAGAGAUGUGUGUUGGAUUAUAUGGUGUAUGCACAGCGUCUUGUUUGCAAGGGAUCCCCCUCUUUCACCCUUAGUAAGUCCUCUCGGGGUGGCGAGGGAGGGUGUAGAGAGAGGCUGUGCGUUCUCAGCUGCAGCCCGGUGCCGAGUCCCGGAGUAGUUUCCCCACGAGGGGUCUGCCCAUGCUUGCUCAGUGCUCAUGCCUUACAUCCCUCCCUCUUGCUCCCUCCUGGGCUGGUGGCUUUUCCCAGCCACCUUGGGGCCAAGUGUUGUGCAGAAAGGAUCCAGGAAGCAGGUAGGGCAGGCAGAGUAACGCGGCGAGCCUCUUGUCUUACGUUCUUAUGUUCUAGCCCUUAUGAGGGGAUGUCUUCUGUUCCCAAAGCCCAUCUGACCUGGCACCAAAAGGAAAGCUGUCCCCCAAGCAGGGCGGUAGCAGGGCAACUGGGCAGCAGGCAGGAUGCUCAGGGUCAGCCCACAGCCUCUCUGUCCUCCUGGGUACUGCCCAGGCUUGGUUUUCUUCUGGUCAACUACCUUAUCCCGACAUCCCCCUCCAAGAGAGGGGACCUAAGACUUCACAAAUCCUACCUGAGCUCAGACUCAACAUCCCACCUGAUAUAAGGGGUAUAGGGUGGGGGGGGGCCUCCCCACCUGGGUGGUCCCCAGACUGAUUCAUGCUCUGGGGACCAAGCCUGCUUCCAAACUGGGAAAAAUAAUAAGAUAGUGAUGCUUCUGGAGCCUGUGGCCAGGGGUGUCCCUGAAGCUCCCAGAGGGCCUUCCUGAGUGGGCUCCCACCUGCACAGGGCCAGACACUAAAGGCCCCCCUGUGGGCUGUUCCUAAGUGGAUGUACCUCUUCUGGGGACUUCUAUUGCUGUGGCUCUUGGCUCAACAUUCGUGUAUCUCGGGGCCGUUUUAUACACAUCCGCACAAAUCCCAGCAAGCCACCUGGCGGACCAACCCCCAACGUGGGCUUGGGCCUGCCUCGGCUCUACCCCGCAGCUCCCCAAAAGCCUGAAAUCCAAUCCUGGCUCCUCUUUAAUCCAACCAGGACAUCUGGGGUCCAUGGACCCCGGUCUUUGUCACAGACCAGAGUGUGGGAAGGGAAAUGAGGAAGGGAAGGAGCCGACAGGACACAGCUAUCCUGCAGCUGAAAUGCUCACCAGGACUGCCCCCUCCUGCGGCUCUCAUUUCCAGAAUUCACUCACAUGGCCACCCAGAGCCCUUGGCAAGACCCGGGGUGGGGGGGAGGGGUCUCCAAAGACUGAUUUUUCCGUCCAUUCAUAAGUACCAGUUUAAGAUUAAGGACGAGGUCUGAGGGACCCCAGGGGGAUUCCCCAGCCUUCCCUGCUCCCCAGGAGCCUCUCUGCUUUGCAAAACAGGGUUCCUUGGGUCUGCCCUUGGCCCCACUUCACCUGCUCUUGACUUCUCCGUCUUCACCCACGUCCUUACUUCGCCCCCACCUUCCUCAGUCUCCCCAGCGGCCAGGCUUCCAAAGCCCCUCCCUGCCGUCCUGCUCCUGGGGACGCCACCCCGAAUUGUUUAGAGGGCAGUUUUCACUUGCGGACAUUACAAUUCAGGAAGAACCAAACCUCUGCUCUCCCUGCUGACCUCAAUCUUAUUCAUGAGUCAAGUGUUGGGAGGAGGUCACAUUCAUUAAUCUUUUGCGAGAGGAAAAAAAAGGGAGGUGUGUGUAUGUUUACACAGUAAUUGUCAGCCUCGCCUGUGACUCAUUCUAUAGAACCCACACAACCAAGCCUGUGUGUGUGCACACACACACUGUGUGUGUCACAGCUGUGCAGGUGCCCUGUGCCCGACAGCGAGUUGUUUAUAUCUGGGCCCUGCUUGGAGCAAACCCUUACCUACACAGCCUUCCCAAGUGCAUCAGUCCCCAGAGUGAAGAUGUCCCGGGAAGCCUUGACCUUGCCUUCUUUGAAGGGCACGUCAUGGAUUUGCACCUUGAAUGCCACCCAACUUCCCCGGCCGCGUGCAUGUCCUACAAUGGGACCCCUUUCCAGGGGGUACCCCCU